AUGGCACCCCAAACGGGCCCAAUAACCGUAACAGACCCCAUAUUACGAAUACUAUGGAACGUGUUAUUGGACCUUCAACACCGCAAGGCACGCAUACGGCUACAAUUUAUAUUUGGCCACUGUGGCGUUGCAAAGAACGAGGCAUGUGAUAAGGAAGCGAAGACGGCCUCCGACCUACCACACUGCGGGGGCACGUGGGCACCGGAUGUGGUAGCGCUGGCCAAACGUCACAUACGUAGCCAGCUGCCCAAACCAUCCACCCACCGCUCCAGCAUCACAGGCCAUUGGAACCCGACAC